UCAGCUGAAUCUUCCUGAUGAGAUGCCUGCUUUGUUCAGUGCAGGGUACAGUCCUAUCACAGCUGCUGGAACAGCACCACAAAUACAGCAUGUGGCACGACUUAUAGCAGCUCAGCUGACAGCUGGUGGUGUUGGACCAGGGGUGGAGCAGACUAAGGAUGAUGAGGUUAUUACUGGAUAUGACAGUGAUGAUGAGAGUAAAAUAUCAAGAUUAGUGGGUGGCCAAGUGCAGGUGCAAGAAGAUGCCAUCCAGUCAGGACCAGUGCUAGUUCCAGCAGGGGUGGCUGGAAGAACUAUGAAACUCAAAGUGAAGACCAUGAAGUUGGGGGAGGUCACCAAGCCAUUAUUUGCUGCUGGCAACAACAAGAUGCAGUUAUUACUUCUUCUAAGACUUUUACGCUGUGACAAGUUGAUGCUCUUCGGAAAUGCAUCAAAGCACCGCACAAGGAUCCUUACAAUGCUCUCAGGAUCUAUGUCAUCAAAGGAAUGUGAAGAGUUGGAGGACUUUAUUGUGGAGGAUCCUCACAACUGUUCAGACCUACUGUUCUCCUGGCUCUACUCGGAGUAUUCAUCAGACCAUGAUUUUUCUCAGAUCAACAACAUAUUCACCAAAGCUCUAACAGCUGGAAACAAGAAAGAAAAAAGUUACUCUGAUAUUGUCAACAGUAUUGUGUUGAAAGUUUUAGCCAAAGAUCCAACCAAGGAGAGAGAUGAGAGAAGAGUUAAUGGCAGACCUGAUCAGGCAGUAUCAGUUGAAGAUGAUCUUCAGGCAAAAACAAACUUUAUCAGAAUUAAGCCUUCUGCAUCAGCAGCUAUUGAGAUGCUGGAGAAAUGGUGA